CCUCACACUCCCCUCUCCCGUGCGCUGCUCCAAACAUGUUGCCUGCGCGAUGCUGCGCUCUGAAGUGGAAAACGUCCACCCGGCGGCCUGGCCGCGUGGCCCCAUCGGCCCCCUCGCGGGCUGCCCGGCGCCGCCCCUGAGGGAGCUUGGCGACGAGGACGAGGAGGAGGAGGUGGCCCGCAAGGCGCCCUCUCCACCCGGCGGCGAGGAGGAAGGGGAGGAGACACGGCGGCAGAGGAGGCAGGCCGGUCCGGCGCCGAAGGGGACCAUGCGCGGGAGACGCUACCUGCUGGAGCGAGGCUCCUGGUCCGGGUCGGCCGGUGUUGGCGGUAAGGGAGCAGCGGCCGGCCGGAGGCGGAGGUCACCCGACUGGCUUUAUGAGUCGUACUGCCGCAUGAGCCAGCAACACCCGCUCAUCGUGUUCCUGCUCCUGAUUGUGAUGGGUGCCUGCCUCGCGCUCCUCGCUGUCUUCUUCGCCUCGGGGCUGGACAUUGAGGCCCACGUGGCCUUUAUCAUCACCGUGCCAACAGCGCUGGCACUCUUCCUCAGCAUCUUCGUGCUGGUAUGCAUGGAGCCCAUCUUCAAGAAGCUCCUCCGUGUCUUCUCCCUGGUCAUCUGGGUCUGCCUCGUCGCCAUGGGUUACCUCUUCAUGUUUUUCGGCGGUAUCAUCUGUCCUUGGGAUCAGGUAUCCUUCUUCCUGUUCAUCGUCUUUGUGGUCUACACCAUGCUCCCGUUCUCCAUGUGGGAGGCAGUCGUGGCCAGCGCGCUCACCUGCUCUUCACACACCGUGGUACUGAGUGCAUGUCUGGCAUCCCAGAGCGAGCGUGCUGAGCAGCUAGUGUGGCAGAUUCUGGCCAAUAUCAUUAUUUUCAUAUGUGGGAACAUGGCGGGAGCGUACCACAAACACCUGAUGGAAGUGGCCCUGAAGCAGACGUACCAAGACACGUGUAACUGCAUCAAGUCCCCCAUUAAGCUGGAGUUCGAGAAGCGGCAGCAGGAGCGUCUGCUGCUGUCCCUGCUACCAGCCCACAUUGCCCGUGUCAUGAAGGCAGAGAUUAUUCAGAGACUUCAGGGCCCCAACUUUGGCCAGGUGGAGAACACCAACAACUUCCACAAUUUAUAUGUGCAGAGGCACACCAACGUCAGCAUUUUGUAUGCUGAUAUUGUCGGCUUCACUCGCUUGGCCAGCGAUUGCUCUCCAGGGGAGCUGGUCCACAUGUUGAACGAGCUGUUCGGCAAAUUCGAUCAGAUUGCCAAGGAAAACGAAUGUAUGAGAAUUAAAAUUCUCGGCGACUGUUAUUACUGCGUGUCCGGGCUCCCCGAGUCAUUGCCAAACCAUGCAAAAAACUGCGUAAAAAUGGGUCUGGAGAUGUGCGAAGCCAUCAAGAAAGUGCGGGACGCCACUUGCGUGGACAUUAACAUGCGCGUCGGGGUCCACUCUGGAAACGUUCUCUGUGGUGUCAUUGGCCUCCAGAAAUGGCAAUAUGAUGUCUGGUCACAUGAUGUGACACUAGCAAAUCACAUGGAGGCUGGAGGUGUGCCGGGACGUGUUCACAUUACUUCUGUGACUCUGGAGCACCUGAAUGGGGCUUAUAAAGUAGAGGACGGCUACGGUCAGGAACGUGACCCCUAUUUGAAAGAGCACGGGGUCCUUACCUACCUAGUGAUCAACCCAAAGGUGGAGAGGAGGAGUCCCCAGCACCACUACCGCCCACGCCACGCCCUGGACGGGGCCAAGAUGAGAGCGUCUGUCAGGAUGACGCGGUACCUGGAGUCCUGGGGGGCCGCCAAGCCAUUCGCCAACCUGCACCACCGGGACAGCAUGACUAACGAGAACGGGAAGAUCAACACCGCAGACGUGCCGUUGGGUCAGUAUCACUUUCAGAGACGCUCAGAAAGAACAAAAUCUCAGAAGAAGCGUUUUGAGGAAGAGCUAAAUGAAAGGAUGAUCCGAACGUUUGAUGGCAUCAAUUCUCAAAAACAGUGGCUCAAAUCUGAGGACAUUCAGAGAAUAUCCCUGUUUUUCCACAAUAAAGCAUUAGAGAAGGAGUACCGAGCAACAACCUUACCUGCUUUCAAGUACUACAUUACCUGUGCCUGUUUAAUCUUUGUCUGCAUUUUCGUGGUGCAAAUUCUAGUCCUGCCAAAGACUGCUGUCCUGGGCAUCUCGUACGGACUGGCCUUCCUCGUACUCUCCAUCAUCCUCCUCAUAUGCUUCGUCGGCCAUUUCUUGCACUGCAGUAAGACCGCCUCGGCGCCAUGGCGCUGGGUCCUGCGCUCCUCCAGCAUCAUCUCCAACGAGCCUUGGCCCCGCCUCACCCUCACCAUGGCAACCACCACCCUCAUCCUAGUCAUGGCUGUCUUCAACAUGUUCUUUCUGGAGGACGACCUGACACCUCCGGUCCCCCUUUAUAAUGCAUCCAAUGAAACACUCUUUCAGCCUGAUGGACAUCCAUCUGCUUUCCUGGAGAAGAACAACUUCUAUCUCCCUUAUUUCAUCUACAGCUGCAUCCUGGGCCUCAUUUCCUGCUCGGUGUUUCUGAGGAUCAACUACGAGCUGAAGAUGCUCACCAUGCUGGCGGCUGUGGUGGCCUACAAUGUCAUCAUCCUCCAGACCCACGCCCCACUGCUGGAUGAGUACAGCAAGUUCCUCUACAAAACCCAGGCCUUGGACAGGCCGGGAGUUCUGAAGGACUUGAAGACAAUGGGUUCAGUGUCUCUCUUCAUCUUCUUCGUCACCCUGCUUGUUCUGGCCAGGCAGACUGAAUAUUACUGUAGGUUGGACUUCCUCUGGAAGAACAAGUUCAAGAAGGAGUGCGAGGAGAUUGAGACCAUGGAGAACCUGAACCGCGUCCUGCUGGAGAACGUCCUUCCCGCCCACGUAGCCGAGCACUUCCUCGCCAGGAACUGGAAGAAUGAGGAUCUGUAUCACCAGUCGUACGAGCUGGUCUGUGUGAUGUUUGCCUCUAUCCCGGACUUCAAGGAGUUCUACACGGAGUCCGACGUAAACAAGGAGGGACUGGAGUGUCUUAGACUGCUGAAUGAAAUCAUCGCCGACUUCGACGAGUUACUGUCCAAGCCAAAGUUCAGUGGCGUGGAGAAGAUUAAAACCAUCGGAAGCACAUACAUGGCAGCCACUGGGCUAAACUCCACAGCUGGGCCAGAACACACCCAGGAGCAUGACAGACAGUACAUGCACAUUGGGACCAUGGUGGAGUUUGCAUUUGCCCUGGUGGGGAAACUGGAUGUCAUCAAUAAGCAUUCUUUCAACGACUUUAAGCUCCGAGUCGGUAUUAACCAUGGGCCUGUGAUUGCUGGAGUGAUUGGAGCCCAGAAGCCUCAGUACGACAUCUGGGGGAACACAGUGAACGUGGCCAGUAGAAUGGACAGCACCGGCGUGCUCGGGAAAAUCCAGGUCACGGAGGAGACGAGCCGUGUCUUGCAGACGCUGGGCUACACGUGCUCCUGCAGGGGGAUUAUCAAUGUCAAGGGCAAAGGGGAGCUCCAGACCUACUUCGUCCACACGGAGAUGACCAGGGCUCCUUCGCAAGGAAACGUGAUGCCGUGAGCCACAUGGCAUCACGGUGGCCGGCGAUUAAGAACUAGGAAUACCAGAGACCAUUUGUAAAUACCCCUACUCCCUUAGAUGCACGAAAUCUUGGAUGUAUUUAAAGUGGUACCAUUUCUGCAGUGUCUUAUAUGCAGGGCUUGUGCACAAGGUAUAAGUAUGGUAGCAAUUAUUUUGUAAGAAAACUAAAUACAACAAAAAAGUGUUUUGAUGUUUUGAUGCCAUUGUUAACCCCCCCCCCCCCCCACACA